GUGAGAGAGAAAGAAAGCGAGAAAGAAGAGAGCGUGUGUGUGCGUGUCUUGUGUGUGCGCGUGGAUUGCACCACCGCAUCCCGUUCACCGUUUCUGCAGGCGUCCAUGCGCUGAUGGAGAGAAUAAAGCCAACAACCUUUUGUUUUUCCACAGAUUUAUCCACCGUUCUGUCAUUCCAGAUGUGACUGUCAAGUCGUUUUAUGACGCCCGCAUUGAGUCCCGUGUCGUUCAUCUCGGAGAGACUGUGACACCAUGGCUUUGGUUAUGGAACCUAUAAGUAAAUGGACACCAAAGCAAGUGCUGGACUGGAUGAAAGGUCUGGAUGACUGUCUCCAGCAGUACGUGAAGAGUUUUGAGCGGGAGCAGAUGGGGGGAGAGCAGCUGCUGCACAUCACUCAUCAGGAGCUGGAGGAGCUCGGUGUCACCAGAAUAGGACAUCAGGAGCUCAUCCUGGAAGCGGUUGACCUCCUCUGUGCCCUGAACUAUGGCCUAGAGACGGAGAACCUCAGAACUUUGUCCCACAAGCUGAACGCUUCAGCGAAGAACCUGCAGAAUUUCAUCCUGGGCCGACGGAGGGGUGGCCACUACGAUGGACGAGCAUCCAGAAGGUUGCCCAAUGAUUUCCUCACAUCAGUGGUGGAUUUAAUUGGUGCAGCAAAGAAUCUGCUUGCCUGGCUCGACAGGUCUCCAUUCGCCAGUGUGACAGAGUACUCAUUACUAAAGAAUAAUAUUGUGCAGCUCUGCCUUGAAUUGACCACUAUCGUACAACAGGACUGCACCGUGUAUGAGACAGAGAAUAAGAUUCUUCAUGUGUGUAAGACCUUAGCGGGAAUAUGCGACCACAUCAUCUCUCUGUCGUCAGACUCUCUGGUCUCUCAGUCUGCUCAUCUGGAGGUGGUCCACCUUACCAGCAUCAUGCCCAACGAGGGGCUGGGGAUGUAUAUCAAAUCAACAUACGACGGUCUUCACGUCAUCACUGGAACCACAGAGAAUUCUCCAGCAGACCAGUGUAAGAAGAUCCAUGCCGGGGAUGAGGUGAUCCAAGUCAACCACCAGACAGUGGUGGGGUGGCAGCUGAAGAACCUGGUGAAUGCUCUAAGAGAAGACCCAUGUGGAGUCAUCCUCACAUUGAAGAAAAGACCCCAAAACACCCUGAGCUCCACACCAGCUCUGCUCAGAAACGUCCGCUGGAAACCACUGGGCCUGCAGCCGGUUCCAACCAGUCCCACCAGCACUUCUCCUACACCCGGCGGAACCUUAGGCAUGUCCAAAAUGGAUGCUCCGAGCAUGCAGGAUGUCUACAUCCUCUCUCCAGUCUCUGGACUCUAUAGCACCAGGGAGGAGAUGGGUCUAAUGUCAUGUGACGACAUCAGUCGCUACAGCUUGAGCUCGCAGUCGGGCUCCAAAGGUUCGGAAGCAGUCAGCUACUACCUGGACCAGGACAGCGGUCAGUACUUUUCUCUGCUAGAAGGAGACGGACCUUCGGGGCCUGAAUAUGACCGGGGACGCAAUACAGGGGUGCGGCGGCGGGACAAGACCCCAACACAUGGUGACCUCAGACCUGUUUCCAUGCCUCCUGAAUAUAACUGGAUGGCCGAGGCCAAGGAACCCAGCAUGGGCAAGAGAGGGAGCCGAGAUUCAGACAACUCCCUGCUGCGUUACCUUAGUGAUGACAAGAUCCUGGUGAUUGAGGAGGAGCCCGAAGGUCCUGGAAGAGAAAGCCGGCGGGAUUCCACCAGACGUUCUCGGCGCAAGAGCCGGAAUCCAAGCAGCCCUAGCUUCCCCAUCAGCCCUUCCAUGCUGUCCUCUACUCUGCGUCUUGACCAGCCACCUGAACCUUUGCCUCGAGGUGCAGACACACUGCGAACAGACACAACUGACAGGUACUCUGGCUCAGGUAGCUCAGGAGCUGCCUCAAUGAGAAAGUCUUUCCAUUACACCUCUCUAAGAACGAAAACCAAAAAGAGAAGUAAAGGCUCCCUCACCAGUGCCAGUCGGAGGAGAAUUUCUUGUAAGGACCUUGGCCACGGUGACUGUGAGGGCUGGCUUUGGAAGAAGAAAGAUGCAAAAGGCUACUUCACCCAAAAAUGGAGGAAGUACUGGUUUAUCCUCAAAGAAUCUUGCCUCUAUUGGUAUACCAACCAAAAUGAUGAAAAGGCUGAGGGCUUCAUCAGCCUCCCCGAGUUCAGAAUAGACCGAGCCAUAGAGUGCAGACGGAAAUUUGCCUUCAAAGCCUGUCAUCCUAAAAUCAAGAGCUUCUUCUUUGCCACAGAUUGUCUUGAGGAAAUGAACAGGUGGAUGAACCGACUGGGGCUUGCUGCUAUUGGAUACACACCUGAUGAUAAGGUGCCACGCCCUGAUGAAGACUACUGGAGCGAGAGUGAUCAAGACGAAGUUGAUGGAUCAAUGACACUUAAGCAGGAGGGACCCUCAUCCCUAUGUGAUACCUACCAUCGCACACCAUCAACUAACCUCCUCCACAGCUAUGACAAUUUGCCCCGCUCUGUGAGCUCCAUGAGCCUCAUGCGCUCCACUCCAUCCCCACUCCCUCCACCAAAAAGUGCCUCCACUUCCCCAAUUCCUCCACAGAUGGUCUCUUCCACCUCCCCUCUCCCUCCCCAGGUUAAUUCUUCUAGCCCCUUCCCGGAGCCCAAACACGGCCGGCAUUUCUCCAGCGAGUCCACACACUCCCACUCCUCGGCUGAGGACCAGCGUGGAGACGGUAUGGGCAUGGGCACAGGGACAGGCAGCACCAGUACCCACUCAUCCGGCUGUCGCUCCUCCCACCGUGAGCGCCGCUCGUGGCAGGACCUCAUUGAGACCCCGCUGACCAGCGCGGGGCUGCACUUCCUCCAAACAGCGCCGGGGGAGAGCGAUUACGGCGGCAUGAUGGGGAGCAUGGCCGGAGAGAUGGGCUUUUACGGAGGGCUGGGCAGACAGGGAAUGUCCCCAGAGAGACGGCGACAGGCCACGCUGCCCGUACGGAGACACCACGCAGCGGAGAGGGACAGGGAGCGGGACGGGCCCUUCCCCUUGGAACGGGGGCCAUACACACACAGCCACACACACCGACGUUCCCACAAGCAGAGAAGCCAGAGUCUACCCAGGAACAGGGACCCGAUGCCAGGAAAACUACUAUACACUUCAGCUCACAUGGAGGAGAGGAGUGAGGAUGAGGAGGCAGAGGGGCUGCCUGCAGAUAUGCUCGAGGACCUGCGGGAGUUGAGAGUCGACAGCAGAGAGAGAAGGGUCUCAGAGGGGAGGGAACGACGAGUGUCAGAGGGCCGUGAACCUGAAGCUUUGGACGGGCUAGAGCAGCUUUAUCGGGCCUUGGAGCAAGCCAACGUAACGGCUCUUGGAGACCCCAGACCCUGCAGCAGGCAGGAACUUCGACGAUGCUUCACGCAGAGAGCCAGAGACCCCCUGCUCAACGACCGGCUGCACCGCGUCCGAGCCCUCCGCAGCACCCUGAAGGCCAAAGAGUCGGAGCUGGCGGUAAUCUGUGCCCUCCUGGAGGACCCCGGCUUGUGCUCCCAGACCUUUAGAGAGUGGAAGCAGUGGCACAGUGAGCUCUACUCGGACAUCUGCCAGCUCAGCCCCGGCACCAACGGCCAGGACGACCUCUCCCCGCUGGCCGCACCUCUCAUGACCCACACACACUCCUUCAUUGAGACACACGUGUGAGAAAAGGACGGGAAGCAAA